AGUACCGGCGGUGGUAGCGAUAGUCGCUCCGUGCCGCACGACGAACACGCUUGUGUCUACCGCUGAACGCAUUCGAAAUUUACGCGCGUUCGAAAUUUGAACGAGUGGAAGUGAAUUUGAGUGACGUGAUUUUCGAUUAGUGAAGAAGUAGCUUUUGGUGUACAACUGGGCCAUGUCGGCAGGAGACCGGGAGUCCGAGGCCCAGGCCAAGAAGGGCGAGGAGGGCACGGGCGGUGACCGCGACUCCCGCGCCGCGGCGGCGCUCAAGAAGAACUGGUGCGUGGGACUCAGGAUAACUGAACUGGUAAUCACGGUGAUCGCUAUUGGGCUUGUGACUGGAGCGCUAACUUCACCCUACAUAGUGCAGUCGAGAUUGUCGCAUAUUGCUGUCAUCUUCUCUGCUUACUCAAGUUACAUCAUCAUCACCGGCAUCCUGAUCCUCGCGCGGCUGUUCGGCGAGUCGGCGGGAUGGAAGACCUCCAUCGGCUUUUCUGUGCUCGGGGUGGUCAUGUUCACCGCCGCUGCAGCCGUCAUUUUCUAUGACUGGCAUACUUCGUACUACGUAGUGGUCCGACCGAACAAGCAAGCUUACGACCUCCUUCUAUCGUCGGGGGUGUUCGCGGUUCUCGGCGCGGCUGUAUUCAUGUUCCACGCCUUCUUCACUUUCCGGAAGGAAGCAGACAUUUAAAAAAAUAACAUCGAUCACUCUACUUUUACUAUGUGUCAGAAAUGCCAGUACUGUGUCAAUCUAUAUCAAUUAAAAAAAAAUCGAUACAGAGAUAUGGAACAUAUUCUGUAUGAUCUUCAAUCUUAAUUUUAUCUCUUUUAUUAACUGCCUUAUAUAGUUUUUAAUUUAAGUUUAGUAUUCGAUAUUUUUAUUUGCUCUGUUGGCAUAAUGCAAUUUAAUGCAAUUCAUUUGUAAAUACAUAAUUUGUUAAGAAACCGUAAGUUGUCCUCAUUGAGUAGCUAUUCAGUUUUUCAAAUCCAGUUUUUUUUCAGUUUGUUGAUAAAGUCAACGUAUUGUGAAUUUUGUCUUAAGUAGCAGCUCAAGUAAAAUAAAGGUUUUUUUUCAUGGCAGCAUUUUUUUAAAUAAAUCAUUGAUUUUGGCCGAGGGAGUGCAAGUUACGUAAAAUUAAGUUUUAGAAUAAUUUUCGUAGUAUGAAUUUAGUUUUUAUUUCUUGGAGAAAGAUGUAUGAGGUUGUAAAAAUCGUGCAAGAGUGGAAAAUUUAAUAAAUAAAUGGUUGAGGUCUCAUGUGUAUUAAAAAUAUCUGGUGAUGGCCUAAUUAAAAUGGGUUGUGUAAAUGUGGUUUUGAAGAUUGACACUUCUUUAUAGGGCGUAUUACGGCUUAGUAUUUAAGACUUUUUAAACCAACGAGUAUUACUUAAAUAUUUAGUAUUACGCCUUCAUAACUUU